UCCACGGCCGGCAUCCAUGUUUUGUCGCACUCCUCCGGUGUUAAGUACGUUUCCUACGUGUAGGCAUCUUGCAUGCUGCAGUGCCAGGUGAGCCCCCGGGUCGGGAGUCUAAAGCCGUGCUCCCUUUCUGCUGCGCAGUCCUGGCCUCCUUGCCGACCCUGGGUUGCCCCAGAGCCGCGCGACUUCCUCCAGCCGGGCUGCGUCCGGGGCCUGUCACCGCCGCCGCCUCCGAGACACCCCCUUCCUGCUGGCGCCCGACUAAUCCGAGGCAGGUUUCUGCGCAACCCCGGCUGCGUCGUCGGGAUGUACCAGGGUCAGGGUGCAUUAACAGGUCCCAGGUGUUCCACAGAGAGAACUACUCCAGUCUAGGCAGCUGGAACCGAGGGUGACCAUCUUUGCACAUCCAUGCAAUCCCAAGUAAGGAUUUCAAGUGCUCUGACUGGUUGUGUAGACCAAAAUUUAUCUGCCUCCAGACUGCCUAGUGGCCCUGCUUCCACUGCCAUCCAUCUUACUUAAGUGGCUUCUUGAGUUUAGAGAAGACUGAACGUGAACCUUAGACUUUGAAAAAACUGGAGGCAGGAAAUGGACUCAGUGGUCUUUGAGGAUGUGGCCGUGUGCUUUACCCAGGAAGAGUGGGCUUUGCUGGAUUUUUCUCAGAGGAACCUAUACAGAGAUGUGAUGAUGGAAACUUUCAGGAACCUAGACUCAGUUUCUCAACAGGAUAACAAUGGAGAAAAGUUGUCAAGUGAACAUACAGUAAUGCGAUUCAUGAAGAAUGACUCCUGGUGGUCAUCCAUGUCAGGAGAAAUCGUUGAAUUCCAUGGCAGUGAAAAUCAGCACAACAGCCAGGGAAGGCAAAUGAGAAAAGAUAUGAUAGAGAGCCUCCAUGCAAGUAAAGAAGAGAAAGUAAAGAAAUACAAAAAAGUUAAUCAGUGUGGAAAAACUUUCAGUCGGAUUGCCAGUCUUAGUAGGCUUAAAAGAAUUCCUGUUGGAGUAAAUCAUUCUGAAUGUAUUGAGUGUGGAAAAGCCUUCAUGGAUCAUUCAUCAUUUAAGCAUCACAUCAGAUUUCACACUGGAUACAAGCUCUGUUGUUAUGAGGAAUGUAGAGAAGCCUGCAGUUGUCCCUCUUACCUAAAACCUCAUAUAAGAACACUCACUGGAGAGAAACUUUGUAAAUGUAAGGAUUGUGGGGCACCCUGUAGUUAUUCCUCAUCUCUCACUAAACAUACAAGAACUCACAGUGGAGAGAGGCCUUAUGAAUGCAAGGAAUGUGGGAAAGACUUUAGUUUCUCAAAACUCACUAGUUACAUAAGAACUCACAGUGGAGAGAGGCCUUACGAAUGUAAGGAAUGUGGGAAAGUGUUUCGUCAUUCCUCAUCCCUCACUACGCAUAUAAGAACACACAGUGGAGAGAAGCCUUAUGAAUGUAAAGAAUGUCGGAAAGCCUUUAUUUGUUCCUCACACCUCACUACACAUAUAAGAACUCACAGUGGAGUGAAGCCUUAUGAAUGUAAGGAAUGUGGGAAAGCCUUUAGUCAGUCCUCAAGCCUAACUACACAUAUAAAAAUUCACAGUGGAGAGAGGCCUUAUGAAUGUAAGGAAUGUCGGAAAGCCUUUAGUCGAUCCUCAAGCCUCACUACACAUAUAAGAACUCACAGUGGAGAGAAGCGUUACGAAUGUAAGGAAUGUGGGAAAGCCUUUAGUGAUUCAUCAUCCCUUGCUACACAUAUAAGAACUCAUAGUGGAGAGAAGCCUUAUGAAUGUGAGCAGUGUGGGAAAGCCUUUAGUCAGUCAUCAAGCCUCACUACUCAUAUAAGAACUCACAGUGGAGAGAGGCCUUAUGAAUGUAAGGAAUGUGGAAAAGCUUUUAUUCAGUCCUCUAACCUCACUAAGCAUAUAAGAACUCACAGUGGAGAGAGGCCUUAUGAAUGCAAGGAAUGUGGGAAAGCCUUUAGUGACUCCUCAUCACUCACUACACAUAAAAGAACUCACAGUGGAGAAAGGCCUUAUGAAUGUAAGGAAUGUGGGAAAGCCUUUAGUUGGUCCUCAAACCUCACUAAGCAUAUAAGAAUUCACAGUGGAGAGAGGCCUUAGGAAUAAAGGAAUGUGGCAAAGUCUGCUAUUCCUUCUUACCCCAAGGAAGACAAAAGAAGUCGUGGAGAGAUAGGUUUUGAAUGUAAGGAAUGUGAGAAAGUCUAGCUAUUUUUAAUGCCUCUGUAAACAUGUAAGAAAUGACAGUGGGGAAAACCCUUAUGUACGUGAAGAAUAAGGGAAACUCUUCAGUUCUCUCUCAGUCCUUUGAAGAUGUGAGAAGGUUCACUGGAAAGAAAGAACACGUGUUAAGUAAUGUUGGAAACCUGGUCAUCCCUCAUCAUUUUGAAAACGUGAAGGAAAACGCAUGAGAGAGUAACCAUGUAAAGAAUGCAUUAUGGGAAAGUUUUUACUCCCCCCCCCCCGUAUUUUCUGAGAUCUGAGGUUUCACACAUAUGGUAAAGCCUUCAAUAAUUAACCUCUACUGAAUGUGAGAGGUCGUAUUAGAGAAAAAUGUAUAUGUAAGAAACAUGGAAACAUCUUGUCAAUCUUUUGGAAUUCUUGCAAAACAGCUACACUGUGGAUUGAUCCUAUGAAUGUAAAAAACAGAAACCUUCAGUGUCCCUUCUCACUUAGGACCUCUGUGAGACCUGACAUAUAGAGAGACCCUGUGACUGUAAGUAAAGUACUCUUUGAAUUACAGCACAUUGCUUUAGGGAAGCAUCAGAAUGUCACUUUGCUUCUGUUAAAUUCAAAAUUUCUCUAUACAAAAUCUCUUCAACCCAUGGGUAUCUUGAACUGGGUUUUCUUUUUAUCACCUAUGUUUAUAAAGUUUUUAUACUUCACAUUCAAGUGCAGUAUAUUCUCAUUAUCAAAAACUUCGUUUUAGCAGAGAACUAUGAAAAACACCUGAGAAUCACUUGAGUAUCUCACCACACUUGUUAGUUGGGUAUUUCCUUUUAGCCUUUUAUGCAGUGUUUUCAUUAUUGUGCGUGUAGUGUUGUACUGAACAUUUUUUGCAUUGCUUCUCUAAUUUACCAUCCCCAACUAUUAUGAUCCCUGGUUUACUGAUGAAAUGUCCCUCAGAAAUGGUGCUGUGAGAAGCAAGAAGGAUUGCUCCUCCUGGGGGGUCCACACAUACCCACGACCUGAUCUCGCAGCAAUGGAACUUGUGCACAGCACAGGCCCAGGGCCUCUAUUUUGAGACAGAGUCCUUCUUUUGGUAAUGUGGUCUCAGGAGGUGAGGCUAUGAUUGUUGUUAGGUUCAGAUGGACUAGUGGCUGUGCUCCACUUGGGUGCAUAACUGCUGUAGGACCUGGAGGUUUAUGCAGAGCCACCACCCAAUGCUGAGCUGGGAGUUAGUGUACAAUGGGGAAUUUUCAAAAAAUGCCUGGCUAUAUGUCACAAUAUUGAACUGCAAGUAAAUGAAAUUGUUGGAAAAAAUUUUAGUCUACCAUAGGAGAGGCAAUCAUAGUUUACUAUUUAAAAGGCAAGGUAUAAAACAGUGUGUCCUUAAUGAUGGCAAUUUUAUAAAACAUGCAGACAAAUCAGUCUGUAGAGAAGCCUAGAACAUUAACAGAGAUUCUCUCCCAAAGAGGAGACUUGAUUUCUUUAGUCAUUUUGCUUCCCCGUAAUUUGCAAAUUUUCUGUAGUCACUGCCCAUUACAUAAUUUUUUAAUUUAAAAAUAGUAAAUUCAUUUUUGGAA